CUCGUUGUGUGGUGUAGUCUUGUUUAUUUACAAAUUUUAAUCUACAAUUACAUAGGAUUCUACAAUUACAUUUUUCUAUGAUUCAUUAUUACGUUUAUUGUCGAUUAUUAUUGUGCUGAUUUGCGUUUAGUUAUCGGCGAGUACCAAUAAAUUCAUGAAUUCCAUUAGUUAUAACCAUUUAAAGUUUAUUGUGACCAGUAUUUAGUUCAACUUGCAGAGCAACAAAAAUAAUCUAAUUAAAAAUGUUGGCUCCAGCGGAGGGUUCAACAAACAACGAAACUCCAUUGGUGGGAACUAGUUUUGUGAGGAAAAUAUCGGGGAUUUUUAGUAGGAAUCAAGAUAGUUCAACCGAUGGAAUGAAUUAUGUAGAAUUUGGAACGUUUACGGAAGAAAUUAGCACAAGAACAUUAGGUACGUUUGCUGGAGUGUUCUCACCAGUAACCCUAUCGAUGUUUUCUGCUCUGGUAUUUUUACGAAUGGGGUACAUUGUAGGAAACGCUGGUUUAUUAGUAACUCUAGUGCAAUUUGUUAUUGCGUAUAGCAUAUUGGUUUUUACUGUGAUGUCCGUUUGUGCCAUUUCAACGAACGGAGCUGUGGAAGGUGGCGGAGCAUAUUUUAUGAUAAGCAGAACUUUAGGACCUGAAUUUGGAGGAUCCAUCGGUACAUUAUUUUUCCUUGCCAAUAUUGUUAGCAGCGCCUUGUAUAUAUCUGGAUGUGUGGAAGGUUUGGUAGAAAACUUCGGUCCAUCAGGUUCCCUUGUGCAAGAAUUGUUACCAGACAGUAGGUGGUACAGAUUUUUGUACUGCAGUUCCCUAAAUAUUUUGAACCUUCUCAUUUGCCUCAUUGGAGCAUCGAUGUUCGCCAAAACGACAGUAUUUAUUUUAAUUCUCGUCUGCGGUUGUUUAGGAAUUACAUUUUUCUCGUUCUUUUACGAAGGUUUCAUCGAGGUGAACAUACCGGAUUCUAAUACCUUGAUACAAAACGCUACCUAUCCAGCAACAAGGAACUAUACAGGUCUUGAUAGUGCCACAUUGCACAGCAAUUUAUUUUCCCACUAUGGUCGGGACUACACUGCUAAAGGAGAACUCGUCACGUUUGCUAGCGUAUUCGGGGUUUUAUUCUCGGGAGUUACAGGCAUCAUGGCCGGAGCUAAUAUGAGCGGCGAGCUGAAAAAUCCAGGCAAGUCGAUACCGAGAGGGACAUUAUCAGCGGUAUGCUUUACCUUCUUCGUGUACGUUUCGAUAUCGAUCCUAACAGCAGCGACUUGCACGAAAGAGUUAUUACAAAACGACUACAUGUACAUGUCGGGAAUUAGCGCUUUUUCUCCCAGCGUCGCUGUUGGAUUGAUCACCGCUACUUGGUCCGCCGCGCUGAGCAACGUCAUCGGCGCUUCGCGUGUAAUCGAAGCCCUUUCGAAGGACAAAGUAUUCGGUCGAUUGUUGAAUUUCAUUCCGAAGGGCACGUGGAAAGGCAACCCAGUAGCAGCGGUCGUACUAUCAGCGGUACUCGUGCAAUUCGUCCUUUUGAUCGGUUCUCUCAAUCUAAUCGCGCAACUGAACACGGUGCUGUUUUUAUUGAGCUACAUGGCGACGAACAUGGCGUGCUUGGGUCUGGAAUUGGCCGGCGCUCCGAAUUUCCGUCCGACUUUCAUGUACUUCACGUGGCACACCGCCUUGUUCGGUCUAUUAGGAACUGUAAUUAUGAUGACGGUCACGAGUAUUAUCUACGCCGCGUGCAGCGCUUUAUUAUGCCUCAUUUUAAUCGUCGGUUUGCACUUAUUUUCGCCUUCAAAGGAAGCCCAAUGGGGCAGCAUUUCUCAGGCGCUCAUCUUCCAUCAAGUUCGAAAGUACCUUCUUUUGCUGGAUUCGCGGAAGGAUCACGUGAAAUUCUGGCGACCUCAAGUACUGUUAUUGGUCAAUAGUCCGAGAUCCGCUUGUCCGUUGAUAGAUUUCGUUAACGAUUUGAAGAAGGGCGGUCUGUACGUUUUGGGCCACGUCGAUAUAGACAAUACUGCGGAGAAUGCGGUUGAGGAUCCCACGUUAGCUCAAACUCCGCAUUGGUUGAACUUGAUAGAUCAUCUAAAAGUCAAAGCGUUCGUCGAGUUGACCGUCGCCAAAAGCGUAAGAGAAGGUUUAAUGCACUUGAUGAGAUUGUCGGGAAUGGGCGCGAUGAAACCCAACACGGUGAUAUUCGGGUUUUUGGAUAAAGAGGAGCCUAAAGAUUUCCUGCAAAGCGUGGACUCCGUGUAUCGAAACCACGAUUUCGAAAACGACGUGUUUCCGUUAUCAUCGCAGAGUGGCUUGGAACCAUUCGAAUACGUUCAAAUGAUGAGAGAAGUAUUGCGCAUGAACAAAAACUUGUGCUUGUGUAGGAACUUCAAUAAACUCAGGAAAGAUGCCAGAAGCGUAAGAAGCAAAACUUACAUAGACGUGUGGCCGGUAAACUUCCUCAAUCCGGGCGAAAACGACUCGUUCGAUACGACCUCGCUGUUCAUGAUGCAAUUGGCCUGCAUCGUGAACAUGGUGCCGAUGUGGAAAAAACUGAAGCUCAGGAUUUGCAUGUGCGACGAAGCCCGUACGAGUUAUUUCGCGUACAAUUCGUCGUCGCAAAGCCAUUCGGAGAAGCUCGAGCAGCUGUUGAAGAAGCUGAGAAUCGAGGCGGAACUGUUCCCCGUUACCGGCUGGAAAAAUGUCAUAGAAUCACACGGCGAUGAGAAUGAAAGUUACGCUGAGAGCGUGAAUACGUUAAUUUUGCAACAAACGGAAGAAACGGCCAUUACUUUUAUCUACCUACCAGCUCCUCCUUCUGAAGAUCAACAAUUUGAAAAUUUCUACAACAAGCUAGAGUUAUUUUCGAAAAAUUUGCCACCCACCAUUUUUGUGCACGGCGUUAAAGUUGUUACAUCGACUACAUUGUAGAACAUGGAAUUGAAGUAUAAUAGAUCAAAUUUUUAACAUAUCAAUAUUGUAUUUAUUAUAUUCGUCGGAAUGCUAAAAAGUAUUUUUUACUGUUUGAUAUUUUGAAUUAAUAUUUAUCUUAUAUGUAUUCUCUAAUCGUUGGUAAAAUAUUAAUGAAUGAGAUUCUGAAACGUAUAAUUGUAAAGAUUCUCAUUGAAUAAUUGAAUCUUACUAAUUUAUAUCUUAACAUUACAAGCAUA